AUGAUUCAGUAUUUCAGUGCCGGAGCCAGCGGGAGGGAGAACGAGAAGCAGAAAACGAGGGACAGACCCAACACGGUCAUGGAUUGCAUAGUCGUCAGACCUGAGCCGGAACGGCGCUCUUGCGCGCAGAGCAAUGCUGGCUCAAAUGAAUCAAAUUCAUUAGCCUCUGGUGCAAUACCCAUAGCAAUCUGCGGAAUUGGCAUGCGACUACCAGGAGGGUUGGACACCCCAUCAGCACUAUACGACUUCCUCGCCGCAGGGAAGGAUGCACGCGCUCAGCCGGACGACGAGAGGUUCUCCUCAAAAUUCCACUAUUUCAGAGACCUGGACGGCAACAGCCAACCGCUUCCAACCCGAGAGGGUUACUGGUUGUCGAAUAAGGACGUGACUGCUUAUGACCCAUCACUGUUCCUCACGAGCCACAAGGAGGCGGUAAAGAUGGACCCGCUACAACACCUACUGCUCCAAGUUUCCUGGGAAGCUUUUGAAAGCGCAGCAGAGAAGGACUGGGAGGACGAAAACGCCAGUAUGACGCUCUGGACUGCGUGCUCAGCAGCAGGUCUAGCCGUUCAUCUGGCCUGCCAAGGAAUACGAGCCGGCGACUGCGACACGCACUUGUCGCCGGUCGGGUUCACACGCCUCAUGGCCGAGCAGGGCGUGCUGUCACCAGACACCUCGUACAAGACGUUCGACGCCGAGGCCAACGGAUACGCAAGGGCCAACGCGACCAGCUGCCUGUUCAUCAAGCGGCUGGACCAUGCGUUACGUGACGGCAACCCGGUACGGGCGAUCAUCCGGGGCUCGGCUACUAACAGCGACGGCAAGAAGGCUGGGCUCACGACGCCCAGCCCGCAAGCACAGGAGCAGGUGAUCCGGGCAGCCUACAGACAGGCUGGUAUAGAUGACGCCGACGUGUGCAGGACGGCGUUUGUACAGUGCCAUGGGACUGGCACAGCGGUGGGCGACAUGGUGGAGGGUUGCUCCGUCGGCGCUGUCUUUGGCGACAAGGGGAUUCAUAUAGGUUCAGUGAAACCAAACCUCGGUCAUUCAGAGGGUGCUUCUGCCCUGACGAGCAUCAUCAAGUCCGUUGUUGCCCUCGAACGACGUACAAUACUACCCAACAUCAAGUUCAAGAGCCCCAAUACGAGAAACUCUGCUGCCUCUUUCAUGGCGGGCACCUCACCACGGCCAGCACCAUCACCAUACUCACCUCCCCCGUCGCCGCCGCCAGGACAGCAGGGCGCAUCACUGCUGGUCUUAUCCGCCGGCAGCGAGAAGUCCCUCAAGAUGAUGAUCGAGCAGUACAUGGACUACCUGCAGCGUCAUCCGACCGCCCUAGACCGGCUCGCAUACACGCUGGCCCAUGGCCGGCCCGUCCUGCCCUUUCGGACUUUCUGCGUCGCCCAGCAGCCCGACGACCUCCACACGUCCAUGUGGCCCAUCAUCAGGCCUGUUGCAGGGUCGAACCGCGCCGUCUUCGUCUUCACGGGCCAGGGUGCGCAGUGGCCGCGCAUGGGUGCCGAGCUGCUCAAGACGUCGCGCGAGUUCCGCGAGGACAUCAGACCAGACUCACACGAGGAUGUCGAUGCCGCACAAGGCCCGAUAUCCUAUUUCAAGGGGAUACGCCUUUCCCCAGUGGAAAGCCUCGAGAAUGGUGGACAAGGGGGUGGUACCAGUCACGGCGCCAUCGAGCUCGUCUGGAAACCAGAUGUCGACCUGAUUAGUCCUUCGGCUUUGGUACAGCGGGCGGCCACCAAGGAAUUCCAGGACAUACACUCUUAUCUCCAGGAGCUGUUCACACUCUGUGCACUGGAUCUGCAGGAGGGACUUCCUCCAGCAUCGGUACUUGGACUCGGGCCAUCCACUGUCGACUCGAACCUGCACCUCGCCAAGCAGUAUGAAUGGCUCAAGAGCUACACGCCCGAGCAGGGCAUGAUCUCGGGCUUGGGAUCAGGGCAGGUGGCCGGUAGAAUCGACAGCUUGGCAAGGCAGCUGGAGGGAACUUCAGCAGCAGCCGCGGCCCGCUUGGUCGUGCAAUGUCACGCACAUGCGCGGGCGCUCUUCAACGGCGAUGCGAGCCCCCUGGAUCUGUUCCUCCAGGACAAUUCCCUUCAUCAUCUCUACGAUUGGAUGAACAGCAUUUGGUCGUAUCGAUGCCUCUUGCAGCUGCUUUCGCACCAGCGCGGGCGAAACCUCAAGAUCCUGGAGAUCGGCGCCGGCACAGGUGGACUGACUUCGCGAGUCCUGCCAGACCUAAGGGAGGAGGAAGAGGCAGAGGAAACAGACCGCAAAACCAGCACGAUCGAAGAGAAGGCCAUGUUCGGGAAAUAUGUCUUCACGGAUGUCUCAGCCGGUUUCUUCCCCGCGGCCAAGAAGCGGUUCGCCGCCGUCGUACCGCCACAGUCGAUGGAGUAUCGCGUGCUGGACAUCAGCAGAUCGCCUCAGGAGCAGGGCUUCGGGACGGGCGAGUACGACUUGGUCAUUGCCAGCAACGUGCUGCACGCGACACCCGACCUCACGCAGACGCUGCGCCACGUACGUUCUCUGUUGCGGCCCGACGGACGGCUGCUGCUGCAGGAGCUGGCAUGCGGCGUUGAGUCCAAGUGGAUCAACUUCAUCAUGGGCUUCCUGCCUGGCUGGUGGCUGGGACAGGCCGACGCCCGCGCCAAUGAGCCAUACCUGGCGCCUGAGGAUUGGUGUGGCCGCCUGGUGGACGCCGGGUUUGACGCCCCGGAACUCGUGGCUCUGGAUGCCGAUGCGCCGCUGCAGCUGAACGCGACCAUGCUUGCCCGCCCAGCACCCGUCGCCGCCGACCGUGCGGCUGAGGCUGACGCCGUGAACUCACCUCCUAGCGUCACGCUGCUUGUGCCGCCUGAGAGCGAGGGCGCCGCCGACGGCCUCCCUGCCGUCGUCUGGGCACUAGAAGAGCGUCUUGUUGGCCGCGGGCACCUGGUCUCUCGAGUGUCGAUAGGUCAGCCCCUUAACCUUCCUGUCGCUGCCAGCCAGAGACAUGUCGUCGUUUCGGCCAUCGACCUCUGCCUGCAGGACGGGUGGUUUUACGACCUCACAGGAGAGAAGCUCGCCAGCUUCCAGCGUCUUAUCGGCGAACUGCAAGCCGCGAACGUCAGCAUGCUGUGGCUGACGCAGCUGUGUCAGAUCCGGCCAAGCAACCCGAGCUUCGCUCAGUGUCUGGGGGUUGCAAGGACAGUCCGAGCCGAGUUAGGAGUACGCUUUGGUACCUUGGAGCUCGACCUUGCCGAUAGCCGCGAGGGCAACGACGCUGCCUUAAGACUGGAACACGUGAGUCGGGCUCUUGAGUCUUUCAUCCAGAAAGGGCGCAUCGCAGACAGCCAGGCAAGUGACGGCUUACCAGACCAAGACAUGGAGAUGGCCUACUGCUCCGUGGCAAAGGCAAUCAUGAUCCCACGUGCCCGCCCCGUAUCAAUCCGUAGUGCCAUCCACAGCAGCGCCAUCAACGGCGCGGCCGGCUGUGCAGCCAUCACAACGCUCAGGGCUGUGCGUCCCGGGUCUCUGGAGAGCCUGCAGUGGACCACAGUGCCUCGAGCCAAGUGUCAUCCUCCCUCAACAACACCACUUCCAUCUGGAGCCGUCCGCGUCCGCGUCGAGGCCGCCGGCCUCAACUUCAAAGACGUCAUGGUCGCCAUGGGCCUCCUCGAAGUCCCCGGCUCAGGAGACGCACAAACUCAAGGCCUGCCGCUGGGCUGCGAGGCCGCAGGCGUCGUGACGGCCGUAGGCGCAUCGGCCUCGUCGAAGUCCCUCAGCAUCGGAGACCGCGUCGCCGUCUUCGCGCCGCAGGCCGGCUGCUUCUCCACCGAGGUUGAGGUCGACGCGCGGCUUUGUGCGCGCAUCCCCGAUGGCUUGUCCAUGAGCGAGGCGGCGGGAAUGCCGUGCGUCUUCACGACCAUACUGCGCGGGUUGGCUGACAAGGCGGGCGCGGGCCCCGGUCAGACGGUGCUCAUCCACAGCGGCUCUGGUGGCGUAGGUCUUGCGGCCCUCCAAGUCGCACAGCACCUGGGCGUGGCGCCAGCCGACAUAUACGCGACGGCCGGGUCCGAUGAGAAGCGGGCGUUCCUGGCCGAGCGAUGUGGGCUGCCGCCCGCCAACGUCUUCAGCUCACGCGACGACUCGUUCGUGGACGGCGUCAUGGCGGUGACACGCGGACGCGGAGUCGAUGUGGUGCUCAACUCGCUAUCGGGCGACCUGCUACACGCGUCGUGGGGCUGCGUCGCCGCCGGCGGGACUCUCGUCGAGCUGGGAAAACGGGACGUGGUUGCGCAUGCCAGGCUGGCCAUGGCACCAUUCGAUGAUAACCGCUCCUUCGUGGCCGUCGACAUGGCGCGCCUGGCCGUUCAGGAUCCGUCCGUCGUGGGCCGCCUGCUGCAACGGACACUCGAUUUGUACAAGCAGGGGGCCGUCACGCCGGUGCAGCCACUGCGUAUUUUUGGGUGCGAUGAGGUCGAAGAUGCUUUCCGGCAUCUUUCAAAGCCAUCACACGUCGGUAAGGUCGUUGUCAACAUGACCCAUUGUCAGUCAUUGAGGCCCAAUCCUAAGAAUGUCGUACCUUGGUCAGCGUCGGUUCCUAUGCCCGCUCCUGAGCUUGAUCCCGAGGCUGUGUAUCUCCUAGUCGGUGGGUUUGGUGGCCUUGGACUAUCCAUCUCGCGGUGGAUGGCGUCCCACGGUGCUAAAUCGCUCGCCACCCUCUCCAGAUCCGGUGGCAAGAACGAAGCAGCGAGAGACGUGCUGGCAGAGCUUCUCGAAAUGGACUGCAAGGUCAUGACCCUGGCUUGUGAUGUCACCAACGAGGAUGCGGUUCGGGAAGCCGUAUCGCACGUGUCCUCGAGCACACAGAGGCGCAUCGCCGGCGUCCUUUUCCUCCCUAUGGUCCUGGCAGACGCCGCACUACCGGACAUGACCAUUGGCAGAUGGCAAGCAGCCACCGAUCCCAAGGUCCGUGGAGCGUGGAAUAUACACAAUGCUCUGCCACAAUCGUCGCAUCUGGACUUCUUCGUGCUGUUCGGCAGCACGUCUGGCUUUUGCGGAUAUCCCGGCCAGGCCAACUACGCCGCCGCCAACUCGUUCCUCGAUGCCUUUGCCCAGUACCGCCGGGAGCUCGGUCUGCCGUGCUCUGUCGUCGACCUCGGUCCAGUUGAGGACGUUGGCCACGUCAGCAACAGUAAAGAGAUUCAAGACACAAUGGCCAGGUCCGGCGCGAGGUUUGUAUCCGAGAGGCACAUGCUAGAGGCUGUACAGCUCGCCAUGCUGAGGUCUACAGCCACGCCCUCUCAGGACCAAGUAAGGGCCAUCGAUCGUGGUCUUUUGAUCCAGGGACAACUCGGCGUCGGCUUCGACGUACAAAUACCGCUGGAAGAUGCCCGAAACUCGGUGGUCUGGAAGAGGGACGCGAGAAUGGUGACGCUCUGCCCUGGCGGGCCUGGGCCCCAAAGUCCGACAGCCGAGCCAGGUCCGUCGUCUAAUGGUCUAGCCGACUUUAUCUUACAUCUACGGAGCGACCCGACCGGCUUGGAUAGUCCGUCGAGCUCGACCCUCAUUGCACGUGAGAUCGCGUCUCGGCUUUUCGGUCUGCUAUCGCGAGAACUGGAUCCAGCAGACGAGGUGCUCUUAGCGUCCGUAUCGUUAGCGUCCCUUGGCAUUGAUUCUUUGAUUACCAUUGAGGUGAGAAAUUGGUGGAAGCGUACAUUUGGUUCUCAGAUCAGCUCCAUGCAGCUGAUCAAUGCGAACAACUUUAUGCAAUUAGCAUCACUUGCUAUUACCCAGUUCAAGUUGAGGGAGGCAAUCGCGAAAUAG